CUAGACAGGAACUACAACCGCGGUCCGACACCUAUGAUCUGACAGCUACUAAACUGCAGCUCCCCUGCCACACUUUCAAACGCUGUCGCUCUGUGGUGCACUCAAGUAAUCGGCCAUUUUUUGCGCCUCCAAUCCGCCUUCCUGCAAACUGUUUUUCCACCGCUUGAGAUUCUGCACCGAGUGUGUUUGUGUAGCAGGCGGAACCGAGUGGGCCAUGGCCUUCCUUGGAAGCGCAGUUCGGCGGGUGGUGUCGGCGGUGCGGCCUCCUCUCUCCCCCUUGUGCCGGACAACCGCUCGGUCCUACAGCUCAGAGCCCACCAAAGAAAAAAAUGUUCCCUACGAGAAGACGCUCAAACAGACAGAUGGAGCCUCUUCUGGACCCACUAAACCUUUACCCAGGUCAGCAGACGUAGUGGUGAUCGGAGGAGGCAGUCUGGGCUGUCAGACCAUCUACCACCUGGCUAAAAUGGGGAUGUCCAAUGCAGUUCUGCUGGAGAGGGACAGACUGACUGCUGGCACCACCUGGCACACUGCAGGCCUGCUGUGGCAGCUGCGUCCCAGUGAUGUUGAGGUAGAGCUCCUGGCCCACACCAGGAAUGUGGUCAGCAAAGACCUGGAGGCGGAGACGGGUCUCCACACAGGCUGGAUCCAGAAUGGAGGUCUCUUCAUUGCCUCCAACAAACAGAGGCUGGACGAGUACAAGCGCCUCAUGUCGCUGGGUAAAGUUUAUGGCAUCGAGUCCCAUGUCCUGUCACCUGCGGAGACCAAAGACCUGUAUCCCCUGAUGAAUGUUGAUGACCUGUACGGAACCCUGUACGUACCAAAAGAUGGCACCAUGGACCCAGCAGGCACCUGCACCACCCUGAGCAGAGCCGCCACUGCCAGGGGAGCCACGGUGAUCGAGAACUGCCCUGUGACUGGUAUCCAAGUGCAGACAGAUGACUUUGGUGUGAAGAGGGUGAAGGCAGUGGAGACUGAUCAUGGGACCAUAGAGACGCCUUGUGUGGUGAACUGUGCAGGUGCGUGGGCCACCAAGCUGGGGCAAAUGGCCGGAGUCAAGGUGCCUCUUAUUGCGAUGCACCAUGCCUAUGUAGUGACAGAGAGAAUUGAAGGCAUACAGAACAUGCCAAACGUCAGGGACCAUGAUGCAUCGGUGUACCUGCGCCUCCAGGGUGACGCCCUGUCCGUGGGUGGCUAUGAACCCAACCCCAUCUUCUGGGACGAGGUGUCUGAUAAGUUUGCCUUCAGCCUGUUUGACCUGGACUGGGAUGUAUUCAUGCAACACAUCGAGGGCGCGAUCAACAGAGUUCCCGUUCUGGAGCAGACUGGUAUCAAAUCCACUGUCUGUGGACCAGAAUCAUUUACAGCCGACCACAAGCCGCUGAUGGGAGAAGCCCCAGAGGUCAGAGGUUUCUUCCUGGGCUGCGGCUUCAACAGUGCUGGCAUGAUGUUGGGAGGUGGUUGUGGUAAAGAGCUGGCUCACUGGGUCAUACACGGACGCCCUGAAAAGGACAUGUAUGGAUACGACAUCAGGCGUUUCCAUAAUUCGCUGACAGACAACGCAAAAUGGAUCAGAGAGAGGAGCCACGAGUCGUAUGCUAAAAACUACUCUGUGGUGUUCCCCUUUGAUGAGCCGCUAGCCAGCCGGAACAUGAGGAAGGACCCUUUCCAUCAGGUGCUGACGGAGCAGGGCUGCGUAUUCCAGGAGAGACAUGGCUGGGAGAGACCUGGCUGGUUCAACAAAGAUGGGCCUGCACCUCUUAAAGACUAUGAUUACUACGGGGCAUAUGACAUUAAGAGGAAUGUGAACUACAAGUACAAUGAAUUGCUGGGAAAGGAGUACACCUUUGACUUCCCUCCGCAUCAUGACGUGAUAAAGAGUGAGUGCCUCUCAUGUAGACACGGUGUGGCAGUGUUUGACAUGUCCUACUUUGGAAAGUUCUAUCUCACCGGACCAGAUGCCAAGAAGGCGGCUGAUUGGCUGUUCACUGCUGAUGUCAACAAGAAGCCAGGCUCCACUGUGUAUACCUGCAUGCUGAAUAAGAGAGGAGGGGCAGAGGCUGACCUGACAGUGAGCAGACUGGAGCCUGGUGCUGCCAACCUGCCCCUGGCACCACAGUCCAAUGGUGAUGCAUACUACCUGGCCAUUGGAGGCGGCGUAGCAGAACACAACUGGAACCACAUUAGAACAGUUCUUCAGGACCAAGGCUUCCACUGCCAGCUGACAGACCACUCUGAGGACAUGGGGAUGAUCAGCAUCCAGGGACCCAAGAGUCGAGAGGUGCUUCAGGAGGUGUUGGACACAGACCUGAGCAACGAAGCUUUCCCCUUCUCUUCCCACAAAGUUGUUAAUGCAGCCGGGCAUCAGGUGCGAGCGAUGCGUCUGUCGUUUGUCGGAGAGCUCGGCUGGGAGUUGCACAUUCCCAAAGACGCUUGCCUUCCAGUCUACCAUGCUGUCAUGGCUGCUGGGAAAAAGCACGGCAUCAUCAACUCAGGAUACAGAGCCAUUGACUCACUCAGCAUAGAGAAAGGGUACAGACACUGGCACGCUGACCUUCGCCCAGAUGACACCCCCUUGGAGUCGGGGCUAGGCUUCACCUGCAAACUGAAGAGCUCGAUCCCGUUCCAGGGCCGUGAUAGGCUGGAGAGGCAGAAGGAGGAGGGGCUGAAGAGGCGCAUCGUCUGCUUCACCAUUGACGAGAAAGUACCGAUGUUCGGUCUGGAGGCCAUUUUCCGUAACGGCACGCCUGUUGGUCAUAUACGGCGUUCUGACUAUGGGUUCUUCAUCGACAAAACCAUCGCAUAUGGAUACAUCCGCAACCCUGAUGGAGGAGUGGUGAGUGCCGAUUUCAUAAAGAGCGGCGAGUUCACCCUGGAAAGGAUGGGAGUGCCGUACAAGGCCAAGGCCCACCUCAAAUCUCCAUUUGACCCUGAGAAUAAACGCGUCAAGGGCAUCUACGCCUGAGAGGGACCACAAGUGAAAACUGAAGAAAACACACUCUGGUUGGAGAAUCAGGCUGAGAGAGGUGCAACUGUGAUUUUUUUUUACAUGCAGGUGCAGCUGUUUUAGUCUGAACUACUUCGUCAAAAAACUAUGCAUCUUUAAUGUAAUAAUAAUUUUAUAAAGAUUAUGUCUGUGAUUAUAUCUGUGAACUGGAGCGGAUGAGAUGGAGCUUUUGUAGAUGGUCUGAAAUCUGUAUCAAGAUAUAAAAGAGGUGCUGAUUUUAAUCUGGUAUGAAUGUUUUGUUGUGAAGCUCUGUGUGUGUGAGAGUAACACUGUUCUCUUGUGAAUGCGCUCAUGUGAGUAGUGUUAUUGUGUAGACGAAAUCAAGGGGUAAACCUAUUGUGUUAUCUUCACUAAUCAAAUAAGUGUUGCCAGUAAUCCUGGGCAAACUGAAAAAGACCCUAACAUAAUCUAGCUAACUCUGAUAAAGCCUGCGCCUCUUCUGGAUUAAUUUUAAGGACUAAAAUAAUAGCGCAUGAUCAAUCUUUAGUUUUAGAAAUAGAAACUAAACUAAACAAUCUUUGCUCUCUUUUUAGACAAUAGAGACAAAUCAAACUAAUUCAGAAUGUCCCAGCCUUAACACUCGAUAAGUCAGGAAGUCUUAAUUUAUCUUUAUGAAUAACUAGCAGCUGUCAUAGCAGUGGACCUUAGGACAGUAUUCAUUACCAUAAUUAUAGGUAUGAUGCUAAUGUUUUAUAUGAAGCACAGUCAGCGAACGACAGUAAUGAUAAGGGCUAAAAAAAGCAGUCAUGCAUGUGUGUAAAGUAAAUACUGUAAAUUCUCAAUUAAGCCCCAUUUCAACCAAGCAGUAUGGUCCGGUACAGUUCAGGUCGGUAUUAUUAUUAUUUUUUUUUUAAUUUUAUAUACUUUAUUAAUCCCCCUGAAGGGAAAUUCAAUUUUUUUUUCACUCCAUUGUCAUUAACACACAGGUCCGAAAGACACACACAUGCACAAACAGGACCUAUACAUGCACAAAGUGGAGAGAUGUGAGAGAGUGAGAGGGGGCUGCCUUGGUCAGGCGCCCCGAGCGGUUGGGGGGUUUGGUGCCUUGCUCAAGGGCACCUCUCCAGCCACCAGUCCACGCUCCAUAUUUGGUCCGGACGGGGACUCGAACAGUUUUCGUUUCCAGUGUGAAAAGUUGUGGAUGGUACCAAUUGAACCGUUCCGUACUGUCCCCAGUUUUGGUCAUUCCUCUGCUAAGCCACGUUUCCACCAAACACUUUCGGUAUGGUACCUUUGGAACCAAAAGUAACCCUUCAGUCAUGGUACCUAGACCCUAGAGAUCCACCGCAAACAGUACUCUUUCAUGUAGUUGUUGUCACUCACUACUCCGUCCAGCCCUCACUCUAUUUCCUCAUUAUCGGUGACACAGUUGGAAGUCCAGAACGAGGCUGCACGCUGACAUUUUCAGAACAAAAUAAAACAGGCUGCAGUGAGAGUCUCUUUCCAUGGGAUAUUUAGAAAUAGCGGGUUGGUGCAUUUAGUCCUUCUCAGGCAAGCUCAGGGGUUUAGUGUUGCCAUAGCCCACAGGAACGGUGCUCCAGUGGAGGAUUGGGGUUUGUGUAGUUCACAUAAUCCGGUCGAAAUUAAUAUAUAUUUUUAAACCCUUGAAGAUCCACUCAUCACUAAAAGUGUAUGUCACCCAAGAGAGAUAAUAAAAACUAAAGUAAUGGUCAAAGUUGUGAAACAGAAUUUUUUUUUUUCCCCCAAAGCUUAAAUGUUUUGGAGCUAUACUGUCUCUGUGCUUCUGCUUCACAGGGUUUUGUCAAGGCGGUGUCUCAGUGUCAGAAUUAGGAUCUGUUUUUGGUAGGGGGGCAGCAACAGCCUGACAUUCAGUCGUUGCUGCCGUGUGACAUGGCACUGAGUCCUCGGAGCAGCUCUCAGCAACGAUCAUUCAACGUCUGCCAGGUUAGCACGAGCUAACACAGCAGCAGCUAGUUGCCAAUGCAACCUCCAGGGCUGAAUAAUGAAGCCAAUGCUAAAGUGCGGUUUUGGCCUCUGUUGCUCAUUUCAACAUCCAUGACAACUAUACAUGGGCUGAUUUUUAUAUAACUCACCUGUUUACAUUUCAUAGGGCUUAAAGUUAUGCAUAAUUAUAGCGUGGCAGUUUGAGUUUUAAGCUGUCCGUGACGCGUCACUACAGUCUGUGAGUCAGAUCCACCCCUCACCCCUGAACAGCUCUACCCUCUUGUCCAUAUACAAUCACCUCUGGCUCCAAUAAACCAAGAUGGCGACAGCUGAAAUGCCAAACUCAAGGUCCAAAAAACCAAUUGGUGACAUCAUGGUAGCUACAUCCAUUAUCUUAUACAGUCUUAUGACCUCCCUGCUUCCAGUAUUCGCUGUUGAUUACCACCGAAGCUGUGGAGCCUAAAACAUGUUAGUCAGGACAGCUGUAGGCAAUAUAAUGCACUAUAUUAUGUUGUAUUGUAGUUCUGUAAUAUGUCAUUUCUAAUGUGAGGUUAUAGAGUCCCACAUUGGGGAAUAAAAGUAUUCUCAAACUUUACUCCAGCCCCUCUGGCAGUUUGAGUCAGAUUAAAGUGACUGAUGUUUGUUCUGAUAAUAACGACUAAAAACAGAGUUUUACUUGCUUGUGUGGUAUCUAAAUCUUCGCCAGACAGAGUGUUUAUCAGAGUCAGAGGGAGGGGGAGAGAAAAAAAACACCCUGAGGCACAAUGUACCAGCCGGGGACAAAACACUGCUGGAGAAAAAUGACAGAAAAAGACAAGAGUUAUCAGAAAGCAGCUGUUACAGAUAGAACCCCCUUGUUUUCCGAUCCGUCCCCCCGUCACUGUGCUCUGCGGCGUUAAACUGCUGUCGCUGCUGUUUGCAAACUCAAUUCUCUUAGUUUUGUUUUUUAACACACGCAUUGUCAUUUAAUAAGACUUAUCUAGCAAGUCAGGCUUUCAUAAGAGGCCCUCAUUUCGUGUUGUUAUGCUGCUAAAUCAAACUCAAUUUUGCAUCUGCUUCACGCCAAAGCCCUCCCAGUAGGGGGCAUGAUGAAGUACUUUAACUGUCAAGAGGCGCUGAGCAGCAGCUCAUUAAACAUCUUGGCCUCUUAAUGUUUUUAAUUCAAAAUAUGAGCUUAGUACAGUGGAGUAGUGAGCAUAGCAGGACUCUAUUGUAGCAUUUGUGUAAUUAAAAAUGAAAUUAUGCUGCUGGAGCAACUAGCCAAGUCUUCAUUUGACAAUUUACUGAGUCAACAUAUUGAGAAUUUACGGUGCCUUUACAUGCCUGUGUGUAUUCAUAUACAUAUAUAUAUAUAUUUAUGUGUGUGUAAAAACUAAAACUGCUAACAAGUUUGCUAGCUAGGUAGCACCUGGUUUCUUUGUCAACAACUCGUGGUUGCUGGAACGAAAAUUGACUUUUAACAGCAUUGAUUCAUGUCUUAAACGCAGGUAUGUGCUGUAAUUAAAGAUGUUUUGUUAAUUCUUUCUGUUAAAAUUACAAGCUAACUACAAAGUAUACGUUUUGUUUUUGACACAUUGCAGAACUUUAUUAUUUUACCUGUUUAAUUCCACUUUAAGCAACACAGUCGAGGCCAAACGAACAACCAAAGUUCAUCACACACACUGUGUAAACAGCAGCCAAAAGAAGUAGUGGAAGGUAUUUGUAUGUAUGGCUGCUACCUGCCUCUCAGAUAUGUGUUGCUGCACGUUCAGCACAAAAUGUUUACUAAUGUGGAAUGAUUCAUUGAUUCAGCCCAGAAAGGCCAUUAAUCAUUGAAAUGGUUGUUCUCAGCGGUGACUAAGGUUAAUAACAAGAUUUAUAUGGGAAAUGUGAAACAGACUGAUAAAACACUAUCACCACUGGUCCUCGACCACAAUACGUCCACAGGUUUGUUUUGUCUAAUUCAGUUUGUGGAGUUUUUCUUCCCUCCGUAGUGUGAUGUGAAUAUUGAGAAAGAGUCCUAAAAUGUAAAAUGUCUUAAGAGAAUUGUUUGACCAGUUCAGAUAACAAAAACGACCAGUAAAAUUGUGCACUCAAUGUCAAAGCGGACUCAUUUAAUCUGUCCAGAGCAUUUUGUGUAUUAAUAAAUUCCUUUUUAACCGCCAA